GCCUAGACGCGGCUGCUCCUUCCAGCUCCGGCCGGCGGCUCCGUGUCGCUCGGGUGCGGGUCCCCGCUGCCAUGGGCCUCCCGCGCGCGCUGACCCCGCCGCCCCCGCUGCUGCCGCUGCUGCUGCUGCUGCUGCUGCUGCUGCUGCGUCCACCUGCCGCGCGGGGUAAUUGCACCUUUCCCCCAGUGGUACCUAAUGCCCAACCAAUUUUGGGAGAUCGCGACAGUUUUCCUGAAAACAUCACAGUAACAUACAAAUGUAAUGAAGGCUUUGUAAAAGUUCCUGGCAAAUCAGACUCCGUGAUCUGCCUCGACAGCAAAUGGUCACAGGUGGCCGAAUUUUGCAACCGUAGCUGUGAUGUUCCAACCAGGCUACUUUUUGCAACUCUCAAAAAGUCUUUCAGCCAACAGAAUUAUUUCCCGGAGGGUUCUGUUGUGGAAUAUGAAUGUCGUCCAGGCUACAGAAGAGACUAUUCUCUCUCAGAAAAACUAACUUGCCUGAAGAAUUUUAAGUGGUCCAAGCCAGAUGAAUUUUGUAAAAAAAAAUCAUGUCCUAAUCCUGGAGGUUUAAGACAUGGUCAUGUCACUAUACCAAAUGACAUAUUAUUUGGUUCAUCUAUCUCCUUCUCGUGUAAUGUGGGAUACAGAUUAGUUGGUGCAAUUUCUAGUUACUGUGUCCUCGCAGACAACAGUGUUGAGUGGAGUGAUCCGUUGCCGGAAUGCCAAGAGAUUUUUUGUCCAGAUCCACCAGAAAUUAGCAAUGGAUUAAUUUAUGAUCCACAGAAGACUUAUGUGUAUCUACAGUCUGUAAAAUAUAAGUGUAAGAUCGGCUUCACCCUGAUUGGAGAGAACUCUAUUUAUUGUACUGUUAAAGAUGAUCAAGGAGAAUGGAGCGGCCCGCCACCUGAAUGCAGAGGUUCUCAGACUUCUACAGUCACACCAGGAUUUCAGAAAUCCACCACGGCGAAUGUUCCAGGUACCAAAGCUACAUCAGCUCCUCAGAAAACCACUACAGCACAUGUUCCAGGUACCAGAGUCCCAUCAGCUCCUCAGAAACCCACCACCAUAAAUGUUCCAGCUACAAAGUCCCCAUCAACUCCUCAGAAAACCACUACAGCACACGUUCCAGCUACAGAAGUCCCAUCAGCUCCUCAGAAACCCAACACAAUAAGUUCUUCAGCUACAGAAGUCCUGUCAACUCCUCAGAAACCCAACACAGUAAAUAUUUCAGCUACAAAGGCCCCAUCAACUCAGAAACCCAACACAAUAAGUUCUUCAGCUACAGAAGCCCUACCAACUCCUCAGAAACCCAAUACAGUAAAUAUUUCAGCUACAAAGGCCCCAUCAGCUCAGAAACCCAACACAAUAAGUUCUUCAGCUACAGAAGUCCUAUCAACUCCUCAGAAACCCAACACAGUAAAUGUUUCAUCUACAAAGGCCCCAUCAACUCAGAAACCCAACACAGUAAGUUCUUCAGCUACAGAAGCCCUACCAACUCCUCAGAAACCCAACACAGUAAAUGUUUCAGCUACAAAGGUCCCAUCAACUCCUCAGAAACGCACCACAGGAAAUGAUUCAGCCACAACCAAAAAAUCCUCCACAUCAAAUGCUCUAUUUACAAAGACCCCAUCAGCAGCCCAGAAUCCCAUCAUGGCAAAUGCAUCUGCUACACAGGCCAUCCCAGCAACCCAUAAAUCCACCACAACGAAAGCUUCAUUUACACAGCGCCUUCCAGCAACACAAAAGUCCACUGCUGUACAUGCCCCAACGACUAAGGGUCUCCACACAACAAAAAGAUUGACCUUUGCUCAUAUUACAGCAAAACAGAGUUCAGCUGUUCCCAGAGCAACCAGCACACCUAAAGGAAGAGGGACCCCCGGUUCAGGUGCUAGCACCAUUACAACUGGACUUGUUGCUGGUACUGUAAUUGUUAUCCUAAUUAUAAUCAAAAUUUUCUGGCACUAUGGAAAAUCAGGCUCUUAUUACCCUCAUGAAAACAGCAAAGCAUUCAGUGCUGUGUUUCAAAAUUUAACUGUGACUGGUGAUGCCUCAGAAGUAAGACCUUCUGCUAAAUUAUAAAAAGACAUGCAUGUGUAACAUUGACAGUCUUGUUUGUGAUGCUAGUUACCAUGGGCUAGCUGAUUUAUCCGAAGAAGAGUUAAGAAGAAAGUGCACACAAGUAUGCAGAAUAUUUCUAGUUUCUUAGACCUUUCUGAAGGAGUGGACGAAAUAAAUGGAAUAGUGCUCUUCAUUCUGCAUACUAUCCUUGUCUUUAAGGGGCAUAGGAACAUCAACAAAGCAAGGAGAAGUGAAUCUGUCCUUGGACACUCCCAAACCAAUAGAACAACUUGCAAGAUUUAGAGUGAUUACUUUCCUAAAAGUGUAGGAAAGUGUAGAGGUUUGUUCAUACUUAGAAUGUAAGCAUGAAGAAAAGAAAAUAUCAUUUUUCCCCACUAGAUAUGUACAUUAUUUUGUUCACAAAGAAAAUUAAAAACAGUAACUGGAUAUUGGAAAGAAACAAACAAACAAAAAAUCUAAAAUCAGUCUCUUCUGAGCAAACUUGCCAAAAAGAGAUGAAUCCUAUUAUAAAAUAACACUUGACUGGAGGGCACUUUCAUCUUUUCUUAUUCCAUUAAAAUGAGUCUGAAUGGGGUGGCAAAAUAUCCUAAAGGAAAAACAUGCUUAUGACCCAAGAGUUGAUUUUCUUGGGUUAGUUGGGGACAAAGGAAGAACAUAGAAUGAAGAAAUAAUUCCUUCUUUGUCACACAAGUACAGGUACCACAACAAGACUUAGCCUCUCACUUGUAAGUAAGAUGGAUUGGCUAUAAUUUUGUUUUAGGACAAUUUUUUUUUUCACUUGGAGAAAGACCCCUAUGAAAGCAUGAAAGGUAUCUUUAUUGACUUAAUGUCUUUAAAAAUAUCCAGAGAUGUUAUGAUAUUAACAUGAGAAAAGGGUGUAUCUUUCUGAAGUGAGAUGUUCAUAGCCAAAUUGUAAAUCUUUUGUAAUAUUGAGAUUAAUUUAUUUAUAUUUAUUUAUGUUGGUGAAUGAAUUGGUUUUACAUGUAUAGGAAGAAAAGUUCAAGAAUAUAUGUAAAGAAAAAUUUAUUUUCCCUAAAUAGAAAUAAAUAAUUGAUCGCAA